AUGCCUCGCUACGACCAAGAUCGUCUCGGCAUCAUCUUCCGCGCUUCACCUCGACAAGCUGAUGUUAUGAUCGUUGCUGGCACGGUCACGAACAAGAUGGCACCUGCUGUUCGACAAUGCUACGACCAGAUGCCCGAUCCGAAAUGGGUCAUCAGCAUGGGCAGCUGUGCGAAUGGAGGUGGCUACUACCACUACAGCUACUCAGUUGUCAGGGGAGUGGAUCGGAUUAUACCCGUAGACAUUUACGUGCCCGGAUGCCCACCCACUGCAGAGGCUCUACUACAUGGCGUAUUCCUCUUACAGGCAAAGCAGAGAAGGACGAAGAUCACGAGAAUGUGGUAUCGGAAGUAG